GAAUUAUGUAACACAAGAACCAAAUUGCAGCGAAAUUCUCUCUUCGUGUUUCGAUCAGUUUGAAGUGAGAGCUGGAAUUUCUGAGAAGUGUACAAUGUCAUGAAAACAGGAGAUGUAUGUGGUUUCUAAGAAAGGAAUACCAUUUCUAACUGUGAAGAUGUUUCGACUACAGAAAUUACGGCGUUUGGCAAAAAUACCGAAAGUGCAUCUUGAACAGGCCUCCUUGUAUGAAGUAUUGGGUGUUGGUGAAGAUGCCACAAGUGAAGAAAUAAAAACAGCUUAUUUUGCUUUAUCAAAAAAGUUUCAUCCAGAUUUCAACAUUGAUUUUGACACAAAAUUAGAAUUUAUGCAAGUCCAAAAUGCCUAUAAAAUAUUAAGCAGUCCUUUGCAGAGAUCAGCAUAUGACAAUGCCUCUAACAGUUUAAGUGGGAGGGCUCAGUACCACAACAUAUAUAGCACUCAUGUACACCAACCUAGUGCAUCAGAACACAUUAAAACCCCAAGUAUGAGAGAACAGCUUCAUCACUUCCAUCAUUUCAACAAGCACCAGGCUUCAGAUCCGCCACCUGAAAAUCCCCAGAAGAAUAAGUGGGAGCAGUUGUCGGGAACUAAAUUCAUUACAGUUAUUUCCGUUAUGGCACUUUCAUUUAGUGCUGUUAUGUUAUAUUUGCUAAAGUAUAAAAUAGAGGCUUUCGAUCAGCUUGGUGCCAGAUCAAUGACAAAGGAUAUAGAUGUUGCGGUCUCUCCUCUUCGUGCUCGACAGGAGGCAAAAGGGAGAGAUAUUGCCAAAUUGAAAGAAUUUGACAUUCCUAGAAGAGACGGCUGAUGGAUGUUAUGCCUCUUGUUUGAAGUUUCAGUUUAUUACAUUCUUCUGGGAAAUCGACUGAUAAUUUUGUAUGCAGCAGACCCCCUAGGGAUUCAAUUAUGUAACUUUGUUUUGAUUGAUGAAAAAAAACAAAAACCAAAAUAUCAUAUAUGGCUUGUAAUAAGAUGCAUUAUAUCAAAGGGAUUUAUUUGACGAUCAUGCCUCUAUUUAUAUUAAUGUACAGGAUUGCUUUAAUGACAAUCUUUUUAUGGCAAACUACACACCAGUAAAAACCAUCGUAAAAGAGACUUCAUCACUGAAUAUCAUAACACAUUCUGGUCAUUUUAAAAGAAAACUUUUUCGAGCAUAUACCUUAUUAUCAACUGCCUUCGUAUAUCGUGGGUAUCGGGUAAUAUUUUCAAUUUAUUUUCAAAUUUUUCAACAUGAAUAUUAAUGAAACUUCAGGGUAUAUUGAUUUAAGUACUGGUAUGUUUGCCAUCAUAACGAUUUGUCUUGAAUUUUAAAAAAUCAUCUUCGGUAAAGAAAUUCUGUACAUGAUAACAGUGUUUUUACCGAUCAAUCUUAGCCAUAUAUUCUCAAUCAAAGCUGAAUAUACAGUACAUAUGUGUGAUUUGUGAUUUUAUUUGUAAUUGGCUGUACUUGUGGUUGUAUGAAAGUCAUUUGAAUGGUUACUUAAAUCACAAUUUAAAUGAAGUAUAUGUGUGAUGGUCAGAAGUAUGUUUAGUUAUCUGUACUGUGUGUGGUGUAUGUUUAGUUUAUCCGUACUGUGGGUGGUGUAUGUUUAGUUUAUCUGUACUGUAAGUGAUGUUUGUUCAGUUCACUUUGAGCAAUGCAUAUCAAUUUAACAGUACACAGCAUUAUUAAAGUAAAGAUAUAUAAGUUAUGAACCGUUAUUAGUUAUUAUAACCUGAUUGUGCUAAAAUCACAGCCAGUUAUCCACUAGUAAUUUCUGAUUAUUUGUUCUCAAAAUAGAUGACACACAGAUAUGUUUUAAUUAGCUUCCUUAUGUGGACAACACUUUAUAACAUACUGUGACUUUUUAGAAGGUGUGGUACUCAGUUCUUAAGUAAUUUCACCGUGUGAAGUGCAUGUCUUCACAGACCUGUUUGGAGGGUGUUGAGCAUCAUACUCUUCCUAUUUUGCCCCAUUUUUAUGUAACAUGUAUUACUGUUUUUUUUUGGGUUUGGUCAGUUUUAUAGGAAACACCUAGCUGGAUACCAGAUCUUUCAAGUCUUAUGGGUAUUUGUAGAUGUGCAUAUAACAAGGAAUAUUUUUUAAUUUGCCAAGCACUUUUUAUAUUACCAUCACAGCCUCAGAUAGGAUCCUUUGAUAGUAUUAUUUAUGAGCUUUAUCAAUAACUCAGGGGUUAGUUAUUUGUGUGUGUGUGUG